GGUCCGCUGAGCGAACGCGGCGAGGAGAGGCACAGAAGGAUAAGAAGGCCGACCUCGCUGGUGCAGAAUUCCUUUUGGAUAGAGAAGUUCCUGCUAUGUUUCAAAAAGCGCUUGGCGGCACGAAUGCCACUGCACUUGAGUUGAAGAAGGCAGAAGAGCGAACAGCCGACGCGAAGAGUUCACGGGACGCUCGCCGAGAUGGAAAGCAUGUAGAAGGGAUUAAAGCCCAGACUGCGAAUCGUGCCGCUGAUGAGCCGGGGCUACGCCCAGCGAGCAGUCGUGGCGAUGCAGUUGGAGGGGGUUCUAAGAAGCGCAACACGUUGGAAUAUCAUGGGAGAAAUCCUCCUCCUGCAAGCACUACCAUUCCUGUGAUGAGGCAAAAUAAAGACCAACAAGAUGCAGGAGAAGAGCGUACUGUGUUCGAGGGUAGAAUUGGUGUCACUUCCGCGCGCCAGCCUGAG